AAACCCGACGACAAACCUGACGACAAACCCGACGACAAACCCACAGAAGACGACAAGCUCGACGAAGAGGACAAGCCCGCCGAAGAGGACAAGCCUGCAGCAGCAGAGAAGCCCAGUGAAACAGAAGACAAACCCGCCGAUGAGGCCAAGUCUGCGGGGGAGGAGACACCUGUGGAGGAGGUGACACCCGCGGAGGAGGAAAAGCCCGCCGAAGCAGAAGACCAGCCUGCUGACGAUGUCAAACCACUUGAAGAGGAGAAGUCUACCGAAGCAGCACCUCCUGCCGAUGAGGAAAAGACUUCUGAAGAUACACCCGCCGAAGAGGACAAACCUUCCGAGGACGACAAGGCUGCUGAAGACGACAAGCCUGUUGAAGCCGCACCUCCUGCAGAGGAGGAUAAGGCUGCUGAAACUACACCUCCUGGAGAAGAGGAGAAGCCUACUGAAGCUACGCAUUCUGCGGAUGACGACUCACCUGCCGAAGCCGCACCUCCUGUAGAUGAGGAAAAGCCUGCGGAAGCUACACCCCCUGCGGAUGAGGACGCGCCAGCAGAUGAAGUGAAAGCUCCCGAGGAAGAA